AGUGAUUGAGCCUGGUAGUUUGUUAGGUAUAAUUGCAGGCAAGACAUAGCCUACUGUUAAAAUUUGAACCGUCGAUUAUCGUGGAGAUGAUCUGUCAAACAGAAUGACAACCCGGCGCAGUUCGUUGACUUGAAGGACACUCUGUCUCUCUCUCUCCAUCGCUCUCUCUCUCUCAUCAUUUUCUGAGCUGUGACCACCCUGAUGAUGAUGAUGAUGAUGGACACUGCUGCGUCGGAGGAGGAGCCAACCCCAGGGGCCUUAGGGGCCACCGCCCCUCCCAAAGCUCCAAGCCCGCAGAGCGAGGCGGUGGCCAAUGACCUGCAAGAGCUCUCCCUUCAGCCCGCCCCCAACCUGCUGCCAAUCAUAGAGCGGAAGAACGUUCUCCAGCUGAAACUGCAGCAGAGACGGACCCGAGAGGAGCUUGUGAGCCAGGGGAUCAUGCCACCACUGAAAAGUCCAGCAGCCUUCCACGAACAGAGACGAAGUCUAGAGCGAGCUCGGACUGAAGACUACUUGAAGAGGAAGAUCCGCAACCGGCCAGAGAGGGCCGAGCUGGUUAGGAUGCACAUUCUGGAGGAGACGUCAGCCGAGCCGUCUCUUCAGGCUAAACAGAUGCAGCUGAAAAGGGCCCGUCUGGCGGACGACCUGAAUGACAAGAUCUCCCACCGGCCAGGACCCAUGGAGCUGAUCCACAAGAACAUCCUGCCGGUCCACAGCAGUCUCAAGCAGGCUCUCAUAGAGACUGAGCUCUCCCAGGUGAUUGGUGAGAAUUCCUCAUUUGAUGAAGACAGCAGUGAUGCACUGUCUCCUGAUCAACCAAUCACUCAGGACUCUCCGCUAGGCUCCGCACCUCUGCCAUCUCCUCCUGAUGGACUGGCCAAUCACAACCCCUCGCCAACUGAGUUUCUACUACAGGUCCCUCCCCCUCCUCCUCCACUUCCUGUCCUGUCUGGCCCCUCCCCUCCUCAAAAGCUGACCAAUGGUCCGGUGGUUCAGAGGCCUGCUCCGCUAAUGGUGAAGCACCCCCACCAGAUCAAAGCGGCCGGGGAGCGACCCCCGCAGCGGCCCAAGAAGCCCAAGGACAGCAAGCCCAAGGUCAAGAAGCUCAAGUACCACCAGUACAUCCCCCCCGACCAGAAGGCGGAGCGCGAGCCCCCGCCCCAGCUGGACUCCACCUACGCCAAGAUCCUGCACCAGCAGCAGCUCUUCCUGCAGCUGCAGAUCAUCAGCCAGCAGCAGCAGCAGCACUACAACUACCACACCAUCCUGCCCGCUCCACCCAAGCCUCCGACUGACCAGCAGUCUGCUCCUGCCACUGUAACCACACCCACCUCCAAUGUCCCUCCCACCCCAUCCACCGCCUCCAAUCAGAGUGGGCUCAGCCGUCAGACCAGCCAACCAGGAACAGGAGUCAAGCCCACAUCUCUGCCCCCCAACCUGGAUGAACUCAAGGUGGCAGAGCUGAAGCAGGAGCUCAAACUGCGAGGCCUUCCCGUCUCCGGCACCAAGAAUGACCUCCUGGAGCGCCUCCGCAACUUCCAGGAGCAGCAGCAGCAGCAGCAGCAGGGAGGCCCGUCCUCCUCCUCCUCCACCCCCACUGCCACAUUCCCCUCUUCCAACGCAGGGGCCGGCGUGGCUGGGACUGCUGGCCGCAUCAAGGGCAGCACCAACAUGUGCCAGCAGCAGCCCCCCCAGCUCCAGCCGGUGACGCAGCCCAGCAGCAACUCGCCCAUCCUGGCCAGAGCGCCCGUCCUGCACCCCUCGAGCGAUGGAAGUGGCAUGGUGCUGCCCGCUUUCCACUUCGUUACAGCGCUGGGCGGCGGCACCCAGGGCGCCACGCAGCCCCAGGUCAUGCACUUUGGCAGCACGAGCUCCUCCCCUCCCGUAUCGCCGGCCCCCUCUGAGCGCUCAUUGGCCAGGAUGAGUCCGGACGAGGCCAGCUGCAAUGGAGAUGCAUUUGGGGAAAUGGUGAGCUCCCCUCUCACCCAGCUCAGUCUGCAGCCGUCUCCCCCUCAGCAGCAGCACUCCCUGGCACCAGUCAAAGAGGAGUCCUCGCUAGUCAGCCCGGCUACCUGCCGCUUCUCCCAGCAGCCUCAGCUGCAGCAGCAGCAGCAGCAGCAGCAUCAGAUCCAGCUGACACGCCCCCUCCUGGACAAGGACCAGAUGCUGCAGGAGAAGGACAAGCAGAUUGAGGAGCUGACGCUCAUGCUGCUCCAGAAGCAGCGGCUGGUGGAGACCCUGCGGCUGCAGCUGGAGAUGGGCCAGCAGCAGGCCGCAACCACCAGGUCUACCACCACCACCGGUGGAGUCACCCUGUCGGAGACCCCUCUCCCACGGCCACCUCCAGCAGGCGCCGUGCGGGUGAAGGAGGAGCCCCCUGACGUGUCCUCCGCCUUCCCCCCCUGCCUCUCCCCCAUCGAGGCCAUCCGCGUCACGGUGAAGGAGGAGGUGGCCGAGGAAGAGGAGGAGGAAGAGGAGGAGGACACGGGAGCUGAGGAGGAGGAGAGGAGAGAGCAGAUGGAGGUGAUGGUGGAGAAUGGUGGUGAUGUGGGUAGAGGGUUCUUCCAGGCGUCGCAGCAGCAGCAGUUACGGCAGCAGCAGUUACAGCAGCAGCAGCAGCAGCAGCAUCGACGCAAGGUGACGUCGUCAUCUGUAGCGCGUCUGCAGUCGGAUGCUUUGCAGGCGCAGCUGGAGAUCUUGAGGCUGCAGCAGCAGCAGAAGCUGAAGCUGAAGCAGAUGCAGAUCGCCCAACAGCAGCAGCAGCAGCAGCAGCAUCAGCAGAAGAUGAUGGUGCUGCAGCACAACCAGGUCAACCUGCAGAAGAGGGCCCACCAGAGAAAGAGGAAGCCCCAGAAGCUGCACCAGGGCCUCAUCCAGCAGCAGCAACAGCAACACACACAGCAGACACCGCAGCAGCAGCAGCACACACAGCAGACACAGCAGCAGCAGCAGCAGCAGCAGCAGCAGCAGGCACAGCUCUCUCCACAGCAGAUUUCCCAGGUGUUUAUUAAUCAGCAACAAGUCUCCACUUCCUCGUUCCCACUGGACAUCCUGAAGAAUCAUCCCGCCCCAACCUUGGUGAAGGACGCCAAUGGCAACCACUUCCUUAUAUCACUGACCAAUCACAACAUAGAGAGUCAUGCCAAUGACUCCACACAGAGCAAAGUAUCCAAUGAGAUCACGUUGCAAAGGUUACAGUCUACACCCACUAAGCUCCCAAGCCAAUCAGAACAGAGAACAUCCCACACAACCACCCAAUCAAAGAAGGCCGCACAAUCAAGCCAUCACAGCAGAAAGGCGCUGAAGAGCAAGCUGCAGUCGUCACCCAAUAGGGUGCCGGCGCCCACCACGCCUGUGUCUGCUCCACCCAAUCUGCAGCCGUUCUUUCCCAGCCCCGACCCCACCCACUCUCCAAGCCCCUCCCCCUCACCUCCCGGCCCCAUGGACAACGUAUCCGCUCAGCAGAUGGAUGACCUGUUUGACAUCCUGAUUCAAAGUGGAGAAAUCUCGGCCAACUUUAAGCCAGAUCCAGACCCCGCGCUGGCCAGGCUGAAGAUGGACAGCCCGUCUCCUUCCACCCCAGACCACCACUCGCACAUCCUGCUGUCCCCCUGCACCCCUCGAACGCCCAGCACCCCCCCCACGCACAUCCCAGACCCCUUCAGCCCGGACGCCGGCCCUGCCGACAGCCCGGGCAGCGAAGGGGAGCCGUUGACGACGUCAAGCGAGGGGGGGCGUCUGGAAGACUUCCUGGAGACGAGCACGGGUAAGCCCCUGCUGGUGGGCGGCGGCGUGGAGCCCCUGGGCGACCCCCUGACGCUCAUCGACGACCUGCACAGCCAGAUGCUCAGCACCCCCAGCAUCCUGGACCAGCCGCCCUCCUCGCCCAUGGACACCUACAUGGACACCUACAGCGCGCCCACCACGGGCCUGGACUUUGCAGACGCGGCUCUGGACACCAUGGACUGGCUGGACAUCACCAUGAGUGGCAGCGGCGGUGAUGGAGGUGGUGGAGGAGGAGGAGAAGGAGGAGAAGGCACAGGCAGCGGAGGUGCCAGCCCCACCCAUGGCAGUAGUCUGGGGCCUCCUCCAGGGCCAGCUGUGCCCACCAGCAUCUUCUCUGGUGACUUCCUGGACACCUCGGACCUGCAGCUGCACUGGGACUCCUGCUUAUAGUAGUCAGGUCCUCCCACAUUGCAGCCACACAUUGAUUGCUUACGGAGACUUUUUUUCUCCGCCAGUCUCUCAGUUUGAGCUUCAGAGGACUUAUUUGUCUCCUUUGGAUGCAUGUCCUCUCGUCUCCUCUUGAAUGUCACUUGACACUUAUUCUGUGAAAUGUCUUCUCCUACUGUGAAACCCCACCACCUCCAGGAGACACAGAGACAAACAUCUGGAGCUUAUGUGGAGGUGUCUCGAGCCAACAGCCAACACAGGCCAUGCCCUUGGGCCCACAGGCUGUGAAAAAAGGCAUUUGAACUACAGUCUUGGCAAUGCAGUUUUUCAGUCUUGCUGGUUACGUGUUUGGAGUUACAAAAAUAUUUAAAAUCGCCCUUGCGUGGAGUCACACAGCAUUCUAAAGGCUUCUAUCGUGCUAUUGCCCUUCUUAGGUACUCUCUUAUGCAAACACAUUCACACGAGCACAUUUGUACAGAUGCAUUUUUUCCUGAAGUUUGUAUUUUGAGCUUCAGAGGACGUUGAUCUCUUUUGGAGGUGCCUCCUCCUCUUUUGAAUGUCAGGGACUUGUUGUGCUAUAAAAUGGCUUCGCAGACUUUUCAGCAUUUACAGCGUGGCUGCUCAGAUCAAGGAUCCCUUCCCUUUUAGUGAUACCGCUCCAAGCCAAAACUCGAGCACUAAAGUCAUUGUUAAGGAAUGGAAAGUGUUUAUUUCAACUACUUUGAUAACUUUGAAUGUUUAGCUUCAAGAACAUCCUGAGCUGUCCUAUUCUGUGUCUUGUUGUACAGUACGAAUGAAUUGCUCUCCUAUUCUGUCUUGUUGUACAGUACAAAUGGAUUGCUCUUCUUUAAGUGCCAUAAUGCUGUUUUAUGUGGAAAAAAACUAAAACAUGGGGUGUAUGGUUAGCCUUAGCAUCCUUUCUAGCAUUACCACUGGUGAAUGUUUGUGAAAUAGAGAGAUUCAGGUGUAGUGGCCGAUCCUAUGACCACAACACAGACUGUGUUAGAUGACUACUCAAUAUAACACAAAUAAUUGAGGGGAUUUGGUCCCCACUUUGUUUUUAAUCACUGGGAUGUAUUGACAAUGUGUCAUUGUAAAUCAUGUAUAUAUGGGAAAGUGUUUCAAGUUUUUGGUGAGUUUUUAUUUUUUGCAUUGUAUUACUUACUGUAUAUUUUUGAAAAAUCUAAAGUUAUAUAAGUUUAGAUUGGAAAGCACUUCAACUUGAGUCAUAGAUGAUUUAAAAAAAACAGCUCCUUUUCCUCUCAGAUCUUUAUUAGGCAGCACAGAGCUGCGCAUCGCUUGCGGUGAAACCUUGCUGAGCGCUGUGCUUUUAAAACUCUCCAUGGUCGGCCACGUAUUAUCUCCCGUGGCUUUGUGUUGUCACUGCAAAUGGCUGUCACCGUCAUGCUCGUUUUUAAUGCCUUCAGAUCCAGCUGCGAUAGACAGCCGCACGGCGCUGUCUACGCCCAAUAAAGUUUAUAUCCCCCCCACCCCCACCCCACCCCACCCCUCCCUGCCAGCUCGCCGAUGUCAGAACUGCAUCUUGCACAUGACAGCACCUGCAGCUCUCACUGAGCUCCGCAGGUGUGAAAAAGCCACCGAAAAAAAUUCUCAUCAUGUCUGACACUCACUUCAGAGCGAACGACGUCGCACUUCACGUCUAAUCUUAGAUGUGAAAUGAAGCAUCAGAGAAAAAGAACAGUGUCUUAUGGAGUCUCUUAUGACUAUGUAAUUAUCACAAGACAAGCGCUCUUUCUUCAGAUGCUUGAUUUGCAUCUCAGAAUAUAUAUAUAUAUAUAUAUUCUGUAUAUAUGGUACCCGACAGCUAAAGACAAUGUAAUGUAAUGCCUUCGCGUCAAUGUAAUGCACUUCAAAGCCUUUUUGAGGCAGUAUUUAUGCACAGUGCCACCACACCUUAUAGGGAGCGUUUCCAUGCGUGUGAGAGGCAGCUGAUAUUGGCAGCACUGUGGAUGGAGACGAAGGUAACUGGGAUCCACAGAUGAGCUGCUGUCCACUGUAGUCAUGCCCCUUAUAGUAACUCGUGCCCAGUGUUGCCCACACACAUCUAAUACAUACAUAGUUUUCCUAAAGACGUCAGAUCAGUGGCAGAACAAUUACACACAGGGCCCCAGGGCAAAACAUUGAAAGGGCCCCCAUAUAGCCUGCCAAGGUCAUAACAGAGCCCCCACCACCAAUGUAGACGGGGCCCUGGGCCCAGGGGCAAAUGCCAUGCUUGUCCCACCUAUAGCUCCGCCCCUGCUUCAGGUGUAAGCUUUGUGGAGCUUGAAAGACAUGUAGCUCCUUAUCCAAUGAGCUCCAUCAGUUCUGGCUGUGGUAGACUAGCUAAUGCUAAUAGUUAUACUAGCUAAGCUAAUACUAGCUAAUAGUUAUACUCUGUCCUCUAGACCGCUGCCUUCACCAUUUGACAAAGUCACAUACUGAAGUUGCGUAGUGUAUAGUAGUUACACUCGGAUAGUCUGUGCAAGACUACUGGUGCUCAUUUCAAACUAUUCAGAAGAUUGCAAGGCAAGGACCGGACGCAUCCUUCCCUGUCACACGCAGGGGAAAUGUGAGUUCAGAUGAGCUUCAUUAACUGCGCAUGUAAAUAUCUGCAUUUGAUUCAGUCAUUCGACCUUUCGCUCUCUCUGACUUUGCACUUGAGGUCUUUGUUGCUGGUGCCUUUUUACAGAUCCACUUUAAAUUGGGUGAUGCCACUUUCUGCUGCACUGAAUUGUGUCUCUGCUGCAUUGCGUUUGAACGCCACACCUCUGUCAAAGUGGAGAAAUGGUCAACUUACGACGGAUCAGUCUGUGUGGCGCUGUGUGGCCUCUUUUGACACCUCUAUCAGACACACCCACUGCCCUACUUUUGACGCAUGAUGUGUGUGCAUCCCUAACCUUUAAAUUCACACUCACACCUCCGCACUCCACCCCACCUCGCCCUUCCCCAUCCUGGCUGUGAAGGGGGAUGUGAAGCAACCUCUUGAAACAGUGUGUCCGCCCAGGCAACAUUUAGGUCCUUGUAAAAAAAAACAAAAAAAAAAGUUUCCUGAAUCUGCUGUUUAUCUACGAUAAAGCACCCAACUACUGUAACAUCAAUUGAUGAUGUUACUUGGCAGCAGCAUUGUUUAAAAUGUUGCACCUGUGGUCAUUGGGUCACCAAAAUGCUGUAUUCUCUGCUGUACUUUUGCUGUUUGGGUCACACUGUACUGUAUAUGGUAUAGGACUUUGGGCCUCUCUGGGGCUACCUGCUCCCCACUGGGAAUGUCACAUGCACUGGGAUAUUUGUUACAAUUCCUUUCUGUCAUUUGCUUUUUUUAAAGAAAAGACAAAAAAAUACACUGAAAAUAAAAUACAAAAAAAUGAAUCCAGCUAAGUGUUGUUGUGCCUCGUUUGUGUUCGAAC